AUGAGAGUCUCGCUGCAGCUCCUCCCCGUCGCGUGUCUGGCCGGCACCGCCGCCGCCGCUUUCCACGCCACGCCGGCCUAUCUCAGAGCCGCCGCCGACGACGACACGCCGCCGCCCGACAUCAGCCCUCGCAUCAAGGCUUACAACUUUUCCGUCCCCGUCGACCACUUCCACAACGAGACCAAGUACGCGCCGCACUCGGACGAUACCUACCCGCUGCGCUACUGGCUCGACACCUCCAACUACCGCCCCGGCGGGCCCGUCAUUGUCCUGCACUCGGGCGAGUUUGACAGCGUCGGCCGUCUUCCCUACCUCGACCAUGGCAUCGUCCCGCUCCUCACCGCGGCCACCGGCGGCGUCGGCCUCGUCAUGGAGCACCGCUACUACGGCACCAGCUGGCCCGUCCCCGACACCUCCGUCGACAACAUGCGCUUCCUCACCACCGACCAGGCCCUCGCCGACACGGCCUACUUUGCCCAGCACAUCUCCUUUCCCGGCCUCGAGCGCCGCAACCUGACCGCGCCGGGCACGCCCUGGAUCAUCUACGGCGGCUCCUACGCCGGCGGCUUCGUCGCCAUGCUGCGCAAGCUCUACCCGGACGUGUACUGGGGCGCCAUCUCCUCGUCGGGCGUCACCGCCGCCGUCGAGAGCUUCUGGCAGUACCACGAGGCGUUCCGCAACUUUGCCCCCGCGGGCUGCUCCGAUGCCCAGCAGGCCCUGAUCGAUAUUGUCGACACGAUCCUCUUCAGCGGCCAGCGGGACGAGGUGGACGACCUCAAGAAGAUGUUCCAUCUCGACGGCCUGCAGGACGACGAGUUUGGCCACAUCAUCUCCGGCCCGCUCAGCGGCCUGCAGUCGACCAACUGGGCGACCGAGGACGACGCCGACGCCGUCGCCUUUUACUGCGCGACCAUUACGUCCACCGCGCGGCUGUUUGCCAGCACGACGCACCUCGAGGCCAAGGCGAAGCACUUUACCAAGCUCGGCGGCCACGGCCGCCAUCUCAAGCAGCGCUCGGCCCAGUUCCUCAACUGGGCGGGCUACACCCGGAACAUGAAUAAAAAGGCCAAGACUUCGAGCUGCAAGGGUCUUACAAACGCAGAGUGCUACUCGCAACGCCACGUUCCCGACGAGCCCGUCAUCUCCAACAACAUGUACCGUCCUUGGCUGUGGCAGACUUGUACAGAAUGGGGCUACUUUCAAAAUGGCGAGCACGUUCCCAAGGACCGUCUGCCGCUCCUCUCGCGCGCCGUCACCCUCGAGUACACCACCACCAACUGCCGCCGCUUCUUCAACAUCACCACGCCCCCCAACGUGGACAUUAUCAACAAGCACGGCGGCUUCAACUUUAGCUACCCGCGCCUCGCCAUCAUCGACGGCAAGCAGGACCCCUGGCGGGCCGCGACCCCGCACGCCGACGGCCAGCCGGAUCGCGCGUCCACCACGUCGGAGCCGUAUCUCAUGAUUGACUGGGGCGUGCACCACUGGGACGAGUUUGGACCCCGCCCGAACCUGGACGAGGAGGGUCUGCCCCCGAAGCAGGUCGUCGACAACCAGCAGCAGCAGGUGGAGUUUGUCAAGGCCUGGCUGAAGGAGUGGCACGAGGAGAAGAAGGAAAACGAGGAAAACAAGGAGGAAGAUGACGGCUUUGUGGAACUAUAA